ACCACAAGGGGGCCAUCUGCCCGACUGCCCCCCACUACCGCAGCGGGGCCCCCCCAUGGCAGUGGGCACCUCCCCUUGAAACCUGCCAAGCUGGACGCCACAGCCCUGCACGACGACACCUCGGCCAGCUCCACGCCCAUCUCUGAGGCUUGCAGCCAUGCAGUGCUAGCCUGCAGCCCGGGCAUCCCUGAAGAGUACUAUGUGAGCGAGGCUGCGGAAGAUGCUCCCAGCUACAGAGGGUACCGGGAUGCCUGCACCAUCACUGACGUGUGCAACAGCACCAACCUUCCAGAAGUUGAGAUCAUUAGCCUCCUGGAGGAGCAGCUGCCCCAUUACAAGCUGAGAGCUGACACCAUCUACGGUUACGACCACGAUGACUGGCUACACACGCCUCUCAUUUCCCCCGAUGCUAACAUUGACCUCACAACCGAGCAGAUUGAGGAGACGCUAAAAUACUUCCUUCUAUGUGCUGAGAGAGUUGGCCAGAUGACUAAGACAUACAAUGACAUAGAUGCUGUCACGAGGCUUCUUGAGGAGAAAGAGCGGGAUUUGGAGCUGGCCGCGCGUAUCGGCCAGUCAUUGUUGAAGAAGAACAAGACCCUAACUGAGAGGAACGAACUUCUGGAAGAGCAAGUGGAGCACAUCCGGGAGGAGGUAUCCCAGCUCCGACACGAGCUGUCCAUGAAGGAUGAGCUGCUCCAGUUCUACACCAGCGCCGCCGAGGAGAGCGAGCCCGAGUCCGUCUGCUCAACCCCACUGAAGAGAAAUGAGUCGUCCUCCUCUGUCCAGAAUUACUUCCACCUGGAUUCCCUUCAGAAGAAGCUGAAGGACCUCGAAGAGGAGAACGUUGUCCUUCGGUCUGAGGCCUGUCAGCUGAAGACGGAGACCAUCACCUAUGAAGAAAAGGAGCAGCAGCUGGUGAACGACUGCGUGAAGGAGCUGAGGGAUGCCAAUGUCCAGAUUGCGAGCAUCUCAGAGGAGCUGGCCAAGAAGACAGAAGAUGCUGCCCGACAGCAGGAGGAGAUCACGCACCUGCUGUCGCAGAUCGUGGACUUACAGAAGAAGGCGAAAUCUUGUGCAGUGGAAAAUGAAGAGCUUGUCCAGCACCUGGGUGCAGCCAAGGACGCCCAGCGGCAACUCACAGCAGAGCUUCGUGAGCUGGAGGACAAGUACGCCGAGUGCAUGGAAAUGCUCCACGAGGCGCAGGAGGAGCUGAAGAACCUGCGCAACAAGACGAUGCCCAACACCACGUCCCGGCGAUACCACUCCCUGGGCCUGUUCCCCAUGGACUCGUUGGCGGCGGAAAUCGAGGGAACCAUGCGUAAGGAGCUGCAGCUGGAAGAGCCGGAGUCCCCGGACAUCACCCACCAGAAGCGUGUCUUUGAGACCGUGAGAAACAUCAACCAAGUGGUCAAGCAGAGAUCAUUGACCCCUUCCCCUAUGAACAUCCCCGGCUCCAACCAGUCCUCAGCCAUGAACUCCCUCCUGUCCAGCUGCGUCAGCACGCCCCGCUCCAGCUUCUACGGCAGCGACGUUGGCAACGUGGUCCUUGACAACAAGACCAACAGCAUCCUCCUGGAAACAGAGGCAGCGGAGCUGGGGAAUGAGGAACGCAAUAAGAAGCCAGGCACCCCAGGCACCCCAGGCUCGCACGACCUGGAGACAGCGCUUAGGCGGCUGUCCCUGCGCCGGGAGAACUACCUGUCUGAGCGGAGGUUCUUCGAGGAGGAGCAGGAGAGGAAGCUGCGUGAGCUGGCUGAGAAAGGCGAGCUGCACAGUGGCUCGCUCACGCCCACCGAGAGCAUCAUGUCCCUGGGCACACAUUCGCGCUUCUCCGAGUUCACGGGCUUCUCCGGGAUGUCCUUCAGCAGUCGCUCCUACCUGCCCGAGAAGCUGCAGAUUGUGAAGCCGCUUGAAGGUUCAGCCACACUUCACCACUGGCAGCAGCUGGCCCAGCCUCAUCUCGGGGGCAUCCUGGACCCUCGUCCUGGUGUAGUCACCAAGGGCUUCCGCACGCUGGACGUUGACGUGGAUGAAGUGUACUGCCUUAACGACUUUGAGGAAGACGACACAGGUGACCACAUUUCUCUCACCGGCCUAGCUACCUCCACGCCAAUUCAGCACCCGGAGACCUCAGGUGAGAGGUCUCGAGCACGUGUGACUGUCUCAGGCAGCAGAAGUUACUCCAGCCAGCCUCAGGCUUCCCCAGAGGAGAUGCACAAGCCGCCAGCGCCAGCGGGCCUGGAGGAGGAGGAGGAGGGGUCUGCGCACUACCCUGGGAAGUGCAUGUCCCAGACCAACUCCACCUUCACCUUCACCACCUGCCGAAUCCUCCACCCUUCAGACGAGCUCACGCGGGUCACGCCGAGCCUUAACUCAGUCCCAGCUCCGGCUUGUAGCAGCACUAGCCACUUGAAGUCUACGCCAGUGGCCACUCCAUGCACCCCCCGGAGACUGAGCCUGGCCGAGUCCUUCACAAACAUCCGAGAGUCCACAACCACCAUGAGCACAUCCCUCGGACUGGUAUGGUUGCUGAAGGAACGAGGCAUCUCAGCGGCUGUGUACGACCCCCAGAGUUGGGACAGAGCCGGCAGGGGCUCCCUCCUCCACUCCUGCACCCCUAGGAUGGCUGUGAUCCCAUCCACCCCACCAAACUCCCCUAUGCAGACACCUGUGGCCUCGCCACCCUCCUUCGAGUUCAAGUGCACGAGCCCUCCCUACAACAACUUCCUGGCUUCCAAGCCCGCCAGCUCCAUCCUGAGGGAGGUGAGGGAAAAGAAACCGGUGAGGAGCAGCGAGAGCCAGACGGACGUGUCUGUCUCCAACCUCAACCUUGUGGACAAAGUCAGGAGGUUUGGGGUGGCCAGAGCGGUGAACUUGGGACGACCACAUAUCCCCACCUUGACUGAGGAUCAGGGACCUCUCCUCUGUGGAGCCACAGGACCAGCACAGGCUUUUGUCCCUGGGGGCCUGGUCCCUGAGGGCCUGCCUCUGGGGUGCCCCAGUGGCAUCCGGCGGAAUCGAAGUUUCCCCACCAUGGUCGGGUCCAGUGUGCAGAUGAGAGCCCCCGUGAUCCUCACCUCUGGCAUCUUGAUGGGUGCUAAGCUCCCCAAACAGACUAGCUUGCGGUGAGCCCAGGGAUGGCCGCCAUGCAGGAGAGCAGCUCCAAGCCUCCUGUCCCGCACAGAGCACCCACAGCCGUUUCCCCUCUGAGGUCUACUUCUCCCGAGCUAGACA